GUUCUCGGUGGUUANUCUGGAGUAGAACGUGCUCCAUCACCUGAAGUGGUAGAUGAAAGUGAUAUUGCCAGAUAUUAUGCAAAUUUUGAUGAAGAUUUCUUUCAUCAUUGUGAAAAAGAGCUUAGAAAAAUCAAUACCUUCUUUUCUGAAAAAAUUGCUGAAGCAACUCGCAAGUCUGGGAACCUCAAAAGUGAGCUGCACAAUGCUACACAUAGCGAUGAGGUUGUUGCCACUGGAACUGGUAAAAGAUUUGCUGUGAAAAAGGCGUUGAAAAGAAAUGUGCAAUAUCGGAAAAUGCAUGAGUUACGGCUGGCAUUUAGUGAAUUUUACCUUAGCUUAAUUUUAUUACAGAACUAUCAAAAUUUAAAUUUUACUGGCUUUAGAAAAAUAUUAAAGAAGCAUGAUAAGUUGUUAGGAACCGGCAGUGGAGCCAAUUGGCGGCAACAAUGGGUUGAUAUUGCUCCUUUUUAUGUCAAUAAAGAUAUUGAUAAAUUGAUACAUGACACAGAGAAUAUAGUUACCAGGCAUUUAGAGGGUGGUGAUCGCCAAAAAGCUAUGAAACGUCUCAGAGUUCCUCCUUUAAAUGAUCAGCAAUCUCCUUGGGUGACAUUUAAAGUUGGACUUUUCUCUGGUGCCUUUGUUAUUCUUGUAUGUGCUGUCAUUAUCUCAGCCGUGUUCACUCAUACUCCUGACAAUUGGCGCAUUGCUGUCCGACUUUACCGAGGCAGCCUCCUAAUCAUUUUGUUUAUGUUCCUCAUUGGAAUAAAUGUGUAUGGCUGGCGUACUUCAGGUGUCAAUCAUGUGUUAAUAUUCGAAUUAGAUCCUAGAAAUCAUCUCUCCGAGCAGCAUUUAAUGGAAAUAGCUGCUAUUUCAAGUGUCAUGUGGGCCUUGAGUGUGCUAGCAUUCCUAUUCAGUGAAGCAUUAUCAAUACCUGCAUAUGCCAAUCCUUUAUUAUUAGUUGUAGUUCUAUUGGCAUUUUUGUUUAAUCCAACCAGAACUCUUCGUCAUCAUGCAAGAUUUUGGUUGCUGAGAGUGCUGGGGCGAAUCGUAGCUGCUCCUUUUUUUCAUGUGGGAUUUGCAGAUUUCUGGCUGGCAGACCAACUGAACAGUCUUGUUCCUGUAUUAGUAGAUUUCCAGUAUUUUGUAUGUUUUUAUGUCACAAGUGUGAACUGGGAAGUAAAUACAGAUUCCAAUAAAUGUGUGGAUGAUGUUGGAUUAAUAUCAAGGCCUAUUGUAGCUUGCUUACCAGCAUGGUUUCGUUUUGCACAAUGCCUCCGCCGUUACAGAGAUACCAGAGAAGCUUUUCCUCACCUCGUAAAUGCUGGAAAAUACUCUACUACAUUUUUUAAUGUUGCAUUUUCGUCUCUAUAUGUACUUACAAAGGAUGACUAUGGCUCCACAUGGGAAAAUCCUUUCUUCUACCUCUGGAUUGUAUUUGGUUUCAUUAGUUCCAUUUAUACAUACAUAUGGGACAUUAAAAUGGAUUGGGGAUUGUUUGAUUCUAAUACUGGAGAAAAUCCUUUUUUAAGAGAAGAAAUAGUUUACUCAUCUCCAAACUACUAUUAUUUUGCUGUCAUAGAAGACUUAAUUUUGAGAUUUGGUUGGACAUUAUCUGUUUCUUUGACUGAGAUGGGUCUCAUACAUGUUGAUAUCAUGUCAACUGUACUAGCACCUUUAGAAGUGUUCAGGAGAUUUGUAUGGAACUUUUUCCGUCUGGAAAAUGAGCACCUCAAUAACUGUGGUAAAUUUCGAGCAGUGCGUGACAUAUCUGUCGCGCCCCUCGAUUCGAGUGACCAAACUUUGUUGAUUUGCAUGAUGGAUGAACCAGAUGGUGUCAUUAACAGAAGGAAAAAGGAGAGGAAGUAUCCAAACCGAAGGAAAAAGUCGGACACUAGAGUAUUAAUAGACGAGAUUGAAACCGAUGAUCCAGAUAUGUAAAUACUUCCUACGGAUGAAUGCAAUUAUUUUUUCAUGUAUGCAAGAAUGCUUUCAUUUCUGUGCAAGAAGAAAUGCAGCUUGUAUCCAAAGAUAUAUUUUAUACUUUUGGUCACUAGGUAGUUUUCAGUUCUGCAGCACAUAUAGGUAAAUUAGUGGAAUAGGUAGUCUUUAUUCAAUGGUAUUAAAAUUGAAAUGUACUACACAGGUUAUUUCUAAAAAUAUUUGUAUACUCAUCAGACUUAUUAAUCAAGGUCCAUGUAAUUUUAGUAGGUGAUAUUUCACCAAUCAAAUUUUAUAUUAUAUUUUCUGUCACAUUAUUAUUGUUUCAGUAUUAAAUUUUUUUUUGCAACAAAUAUUUUUGUGCCUUUUGAACAAUGCAGAUAAAAGAGUUAACAUUUCUGUUUUAACAGUUUGGUCUUAAAUUUUGAAGGAAGUUGUGUAGUAUGUAUUGUUUUGUUUGUCAUUUUUUUUUACCAGGGUGAUAUUUAAGUUUCGUUUGGGGUUAAUAAUUAAAGGCCAGGCUGCCACUGAAAAUGUGUUUGUUCAUAGAAAUAUAUAUCAUCAAUUUUAUUAUUCUAUAUACGGAAUUGACUGAGUAGCUAUAGGUUACUGUAUAAGAAUUUCAUAAUUAUGCCAAAGUUUUUUCAAAGUCAUUAAAAGUUAAUAGAAAUCUAUUU